UUCCAGCAGAGAGCUUUGCAGGCACAGACAAUAAUGCAAAAUGUAUUGAGUGGAAAAGUGAAUGUAAUCGAAGGAUUAUCAACUUUGAAAUGGGAAGUUAAGGUAGAUAAUAAAAAAAAGGAUUACGUAGAAGAUGAAUCCAGUAAGAUUGUGAUAAAGGAUGUAAAUAAUACAGAUUCUAAAUCAAAUGUGAAAUCAGAAACUAAGACUGAAUUUAGUGAUUUUGAAGAUGAAGACAAUGAAGAUCUUGCAAAAGUUAUGGUUAAAUUAGAGAAGGAUAAUAAUAACGUGGACACAUAUGAUUUUUAUGAAUAUGCUGAAGAUUCUGAAGGCAAACCUGAAGCACAGAAUACCUCGAUACACAAAGAGAAAUCUGAUAAUAUUCACAAAGCUAAGAAUCAACUAAGAGAUAAUGAUGAAUAUACAAAUGCAGAAUCAAUGCAUGAUUUUCCUGACAAUUUCGAUAUUGACGAUGAAACAACACACAAAUUGAUAGAUACAAUGCUGGAAACAUUUCUAGAAAGUACUACUCGGAAGAAAAACAAGAAUCAAGUUAGUAGAUAUGCCUGCAACAAGUGCGACAAAAAAUUUACGAGUGAAAACCAACUGGCCCAUCAUAAAAAGAUGUCCCACAAAGUAUCCUUUGCAUGCAAAGUUUGUGGAAAGGUGUUCAACAAGAUAAAUACAUUAAAAAUACAUGAACAGGUCCAUACAAAGUCCUCGCAGACGACUUUCAGUUGUAACAUAUGCGGCGAUACGUACUACGACAGCAAGAGCGUACAUUUACAUCUCAGGGAUGCACACGGUUACAAGCCUGAAGACUCUUUGGUUUUUAAAAAGUGCAAUGUAUGCGGGAAAUGCUUCAAAUCAAAGGCGUCCUACCAUGCCCACCAAAAAGAGCAUGCUAGCGGAUAUUCAUAAAUAUCUUUAAAUUUAUGUACAUAGUGCAAAGUAAUCGAUUUUUUUUUUGUAAAAUUGGAAUGGCAAACUGACGGCCCGCCUGAUGGUAAGUGGUCCCGUCACCUAUACAUAUAUGUAUACACAUAUAUAUACAUAUACACAGAAAUGACGUUAUCAUUUUUUUUGUAAAAUUGGAAUGGCAAACUGACGGCCAGCCUGAUGGUAAGUGAUCACCUAUAUAUGAACAGUACCACAGAAAUGACGUUAUCAUGUGACUGUCACUGGUUUUCUGCUUCCUCAUAGGGGGGUAGAUAUUGCGGCUUCGUGGUGAGCUGCCCUUACCUCGGCAUCAUUUCACAGGGUAACAACUAGCGAUGAAACGGAUAGCAGUUUGGCCGGAUAUCCGGCGGAACUUAUCUAACUAAUAAAUUCAUUUUGUUUCUAUAACAUUCAUUUACUAUUGAGUGAUAAAAAAUAUAAAACUAAAACUAAAUUUAUUCCUUAAAUAAUAGUAAGACUAACUAAAUAAUUACUAAAAAAAAUUUUUUUUUACUCAGUUUCAAAUUCAAAUUUAAAUUAAAAAAUCAUUUAUUCAUCAUUUAUUCACACAUUUUAGCCGCUUAAUAACGUCAAGUUUUUACAUUAUAAUUUUUUCCCUACCGUCCAGUUCGGUCGGAUAGGUCGGAUACCGGAUAGUUACCGGAUAUCCGUUUCAUCUCUAGUAACAACCCCUUUUUUUUCAUGAGGAAAUCCGACAUGGAGAUCUGCCCGUUAUGAUUUAGAUGGUCUAAAAUAUCACAUUUUUCUUUAAUUGUCGGUGUUUUGUGCUUUCGCUUCUGAGCUGAUACACAAUGAAUAAACGGUAAACAAUGAACACAUGCUAUCUUCAUCACAUGCGAGUAGUCAAAUUCAAACUAAGCAAUCAUAAUCAAAUUCAAAUUCAAAAAUAAUUUAUUCAUGUAGGACAUUUUAGCCGCUUAUGAACGUCAAGUUUUUACAUUAUAAUUUUUUUUCCCUAAAGUAAUCAAAACAAUACCCUACGCGUCGCGUCCAACAGUGGUAAUGCGUACAAUCAAACUUGUUCAAAUUUGUCCAAUCAAGCAUUAGUGAAGAUUGUCAAAAAAAAAAAUAGACCAUGUCGGAUUACAAGAGGGGCCGGAUUACCGCGGGUCCACUGUGUAGUGUAAUGUUACGUUUACAUUCAGCCGCUUCCCCUGCCACUCGCGCUUCCGGAAAUAUU